UCUCCGUUGACAUACAUCCUAAACUGACCAAUGAAAACGUUUGCUUACCGUCCUGCACACUUUGUGGUGCAGGAAAAAACGAAUAGCCAGACUGUAACGUUAUAGGACUUAAACUGUCCUGUAGCCACUAGCUAGAACAUUUUACGAAAUAGCUGAAAGGGGACUUCUUUAAAGAAUACACUUCUUUGUGCCCUGGAAAUUUGAGGAUGGAGGGCAGUGAGGGUCAAAGUUCUGUACGCAAAGGAUCUGGGGAUGGAGCGUUGAGCGCUAUGAAUUUAUAUGCCACUCUGGGGCUCUCUCCAGAAGACGUGGAUGCUCUGGCCAAGAUUCCAGAGAACGAGAUCAGUGUGGAGACACUGCCUUAUCUGAUAAUGCAACUGAAGGCCAAUCGAGCCAAGCAAGAGGAGCAGGGAGAGACCCCCCCAAAGAGAGACGGACAGGAAGAGGAUACAGAUGUUAAAGACCGCGGCAGACGGGACAGUCCCCCUGCAUUCCGUCGCCAGUCAAGCAGCCAUAGUGACACUGACUAUAAGAAAGUGGAGGUCCGACCAGAGCAGGCCGAGGCAAGAAAAGAUUCCCACCACACUAGGCCCUCAACGGAAAAAACAUCAGACAGCCAACCUUCUUCUUAUCAAUUGGAAGAUUUUCAAGGAGUUGUGCCCAAUAUUUACCCACACACAUGCUCGCUAUGCUUCUGUAUGUUGAAUUCUACUAAGCAAUGGAAGGAUCAUCUCAAUGGAUUACGCCAUGCAGAGGGCUGUCGAGAACUCUUGCGUCUAUAUCCAGAUUGGGAAAAACAAGAUGUCCAAGGGAAGAAAAUACCAAUUUCCAUCCCAAGUAGAGAUGCUAAUUCACCGCCCAGAAGAGCGCCACGUCCUGCUAUGCCUUACAAGAGACAACAUAGCUCAGACCGCGUAGGAGGUGAAGUCUGGUCUGCACCAGAAAGACACCAUUUGAAGCCCAAGGCUGGCACAAAGGUGGUGGUCGCUAAAUAUCCCCGUGGGUCUGUUGCUGUUGAAGACUUGGUGACUUUGGCUAAGCCAUUCGGCACAGUUGUAAAACAUCUGGUGUUCCCCUGCAAGGGCUUUGUGGAGUUGGGUUCGCACAAAGAGGCAGUCAAUAUGGUGGAUCACUACAGUGAAAGCAAAGCUAUUGUGAAGGGAAAUGGUUUGACUCUGUACCUGUCACCUGUAGUGUGCAGUAUUUAUACGCCAAGGUCGGAUGAACCACCAGGAAAACGCCCCAACAAACAAGUUAGCAAUACAGUAGUUUGUUUUUCCCGCGUAUCUCCUGGGAAAGAAAGAGAAUCUGAGAUUCUCGAUCUUGCCAAGAUGUUUGGGGAUGUGAGACAUUCGUCAUUUUUAAGUGAUCAGGCCCUGAUUGAGAUGGUAGAUUGGAAGGAUGCUGACAUUAUGGUGAAGUACUACCACUCCAACCCCCUCAAGAUCAAUGGAAAGAGUGUCAAAGUCAGCUUGUCAUCGUCACUGAAGCGUCUGAGAGAAAGUCCUGACUCCACCACAUCCAGAAGAGCAGAUUCCAGUAAAAGCCAAAGCAGCAGACAGAAGAGCGAGGAGACCAGCAAGAACUCAAACUCCACAAACAAAGAGGGACCCAGUACAGGCAAACAACCUGCUGAGAAAGUGGUAGAACAAGGAAAAGGUCAACAAAGCUCCUCAGAGGAGGUUAAGGAAGAGGUAAAGCAGGACAUCAAGGACGAGGAGAUCAAGGAAAAGAUCGAGGAGGUGGUCAAGAAUGAGAGAAAGGGGGAGGACAUUAAUUUGGAAAACAAAGAUCCAGACAAAGAGAGCGUCCAGGUUGAAGAUGACCAAAGCUUGUUAGAUAAGUUUGGAGCUGGUGUUGAUACUAACGACUCUGCUCCUUCCAAAAGUGCCUCUCUGGUGGCUGACUCUAAAGAUAAGGGGGAACCUGAAAGCACAGAAUUGUUGGCAGACAAUACCUUGGAGGAUUCUGACCUAAAGGCUGCCGAUGAUCCAGCUCUGUGUGAUGCUGACGUCUCAAUGGAGGACAUGAUGGAACAGGAGAGCUUUCACGAACAUGGUGACGAUAUGGAUGACAUGGAUUUCCCUGAUAACAUGGAUGAUUUUGUUACAUUGGAUGAACUCGACAACGAUAUUGGAGAGGAUGCGUCAAUGGAGUCAAAGGAUUCUUCAUGGGAUGGAAAAGUUGUCCAUAUUAGCCCAAUCAGAAAGGGCUAUAGAGACGUAGAGGUGGCCAUCUUGAAACUGGCAGAGCGAGCAAACGUGAAAGUUGUAAACCGUACCAUAUCCUUCUUCAGACAGGAGGGAUGGUUAGAGCUUGAUACUACCGAUGAAGCGCAUAAGAUGGUGAAAUUCUACAAAGGCAAAGCACAGUUGUUGGGGAAACCUGUCGAUAUUAGAAUGUGCUAUUCACAGAAAAAGUUGGAGAGUCCCAGUGGGAGAUCCAUCUACAUUUGUUUGCUUCCACGGCAGAAGUACUCGGACGUCUCUCUGUUACGGCUUGCCCAACCUUUUGGGAAAAUCACUGGCUAUCAUUUGAACUGGGUUCAUAGAAAGUGUUAUAUCCAGUUUGAGAGUGUGGAAGCCGCUCAGAAAAUGGUGAAGAAGUGCUUCCAACGUCCUCCCAGAUUUUACGGCACCCUGAUAAGGGUCAGUUUGUGCAAAAAGGGAGACUCACUGAUAUCCUGGAAGCCUCCAGUCAAGUAUGAGCUGUGGUUGGCCAGUCAGAACAACAGAAGAACAAGAGAUCGCCAUGGAGAUGAGACUAAUGGCCAGUCAGUCAAAAGCCACUCUCCAGUGGUGAAAGAGAAGGAUGUCCAGCGACCUGUGUCUGAUAGUGAGGGGGUCUGUGUGGACCCUGAGGGUGAGGAGACCAGUGGUGUGGAAGCUGUCCCAGAGGGAGAGAAGAAGCAGCAGCAGCAGGAGCCUCUGGGUCCUUAUCAACCUGACAACCCUGUUGGGUUAGACUAUCUGGUGCCAAGGACCGGAUUCUUCUGCAAGCUGUGCAACAUCUUCUACACUAAUGAGAAAACAGCCAACUCAGUCCACUGUAGCAGUGAGGAACAUUACCUAAACCUGAAGGUAAUUUUCAACUGUAACAAGUCACUUCUUACUCUGUGGUGUAUUGGUAAGGAAAUGUAUUGACCUUGGAGCCCACAAUACAUUCUCAACAUUCUUCAGGUUUCCCUGUCAAAUGUUAAUUCUUAACAAUAAAUAUCUUGAAUAAUCAUCACCUUCAUAGGGAAACCUUGUUGAUUUAAGCGAGUUUUACCUAUACUUGUGGAAUCUUGACCAAAUGGAAAGAUAUGAGACUUUUUAGGGGAUCUGUUUUAGCUGGUGUUCUUGGUAUUGAGUUAAUACCCCCAUUUGAAUAUCCCACUGAUUUUCUUUUCAGAGAAAGAUGGAUGAAGAUAAACAGCCCGUAGCUGAUUGAGAGGGUUGCUGUCCACCUGUAGUCUUCCCAGAGGAAGAUUGGCCAUUUUUAGUAUAAACGUUUCUGUCCAGUUUUAACAUUCCAGUAUUUUCUGUUACUGUUGACAGCAUUGUUAUCCAUUUGAAAUUAAUUAAUGCAGCCUAUUACAAAAUGUAGUCCCAUUAUGUGGUUAAUAAUAGUACCUGGAUAUAGUUUCCUCUUAUUGAAUAAACAAAAAUGUUUGCUUGAUGUAUUCUUUGACUUCUGGAAUUAAAUUUGUAACUUCUGUUAUGGCUAACAUUUACUCUGAACCUUAUUUGACAGGUCUAUUGUUAAUGUUUUUCAAUGGUUAACUGUCAUCAAUGACCAGGACAUGUGCACAGGAUUGGCUGGAACUACAGAAUUUGCCAUAACCCAGACAAAGAACCAUCUGGUGCUUGACUGUGACAGAGCUGGCUAAGAUUCACCUACCCUGUCGCAAGGAGCAGCAAUUCGCUUGAAAGGACAAAUGGGGGAGAUUGUUCAGUCCAAACCAUCAUUAAGGAUUUAAUCCAUACAGGCCUAGAUGAUUUUGAAACCAAUUGGGGGAAAAUUCUGUAAAUAUAUUCCAUAACAUGAUACAUUUCACACAGUACUCGUACAUUAAGUAAUAUAAAUUAAACCAGAAAAAACAUUCAAUACUGAACAUUAGCAUGCAACAAAGUUAUGUGAAAGAAAAUUGCUGUAUAGCGUUCACAUUCCACACUGUAGUAAAAAAUAAGACUAGUCGUGCUGUAAAUUACCUGAAUAAAGAAUACUGUAAUGUAA